AUGCCUGCCGCAAAGCCUGAAGAAAAGGGCGAGUCCUCCAAUGCCACGUCAAAGGCAGUCCUUGCGGCAUCUUCCAAUGGAUCGCCCAACUAUGAGCUGCCAUGGGUGGAAAAGUACCGUCCGGUGUUCUUGGACGAUGUCGUCGGCAACACGGAGACUAUUGAGCGAUUGAAGAUUAUAGCAAAAGAAGGAAACAUGCCUCAUGUCAUCAUUUCGGGCAUGCCUGGUAUCGGAAAGACAACCAGCGUUCUCUGCCUUGCCCGCCAGCUACUGGGGGAAUCGUACAAAGAGGCUGUCCUGGAACUCAAUGCCAGUGAUGAACGAGGUAUUGACGUUGUUCGAAACAGAAUAAAAGGGUUUGCGCAAAAGAAGGUCACACUACCUGCUGGCAGACAUAAGCUAGUUAUCCUCGACGAAGCCGAUAGCAUGACCUCCGGUGCCCAGCAGGCUCUUCGAAGAACCAUGGAAAUCUACUCCAACACCACCAGAUUUGCAUUCGCUUGCAACCAGUCAAAUAAGAUCAUCGAACCGCUACAGUCACGAUGCGCAAUCCUUCGAUAUGCCAAGUUGACCGACGAACAAGUCGUCAAGCGAUUGAUGCAGAUCAUCGAGGCGGAAAAGGUCGAAUACAGCGAUGACGGCUUGGCUGCCUUGGUAUUUAGCGCAGAGGGAGAUAUGCGACAGGCGAUCAAUAACUUGCAGUCGACGUGGGCUGGUUUCGGCUUCGUCUCAGGAGACAAUGUCUUCAAGGUGGUCGAUUCACCGCAUCCGAUCAAGGUGCAAGCCAUGUUGAAGGCUUGCUACGAGGGAAACGUCGACUCGGCUCUGGAUACCCUCCGAGAGCUGUGGGACUUGGGAUACUCGAGCCACGAUAUUAUCAGCACAAUGUUCAAAGUCACAAAGACAAUGCCGACGCUGAGCGAACACUCAAAGCUGGAGUUUAUCAAGGAGAUUGGCUUCACGCAUAUGAAGAUUCUAGAAGGCGUUCAGACAUUACUCCAGCUAUCAGGGUGUGUUGCCCGGCUAUGUAAACUGAACAUGGAUCCCAAAAGAUUUAAACUGGUGUCAAAAUAG